AUGGAGAUGCUGGAGGUGCCUACUGUUCGUCGUGACGCGCAGGACGCGGACACGCGUCCCAUCAAGCAGAAGUCGCCAGACGACGAAAGAACAGGAAGCUGUUCGCAGGAAAUGAUUCGCGAGAUGGUGACUUGUUGGCGGAGAAGGUCGCAGCGUCCGUACAGUAGGCAGGACUGGCGCACUGCACAGUAUAUAAGGGACGGCCGACGUGGCAGUGCGACAGGUGACACCGAGCUACCGCAGCAGAAGAGUCGAAGAGCGGAGCAACGACAGACAGCAGCCGGCAACGCAGGAGCAGAUCAAAGUGACGACAUGAGGCUGACCACGGUGUUUCUGCUCGUGGCCCUGGUGAUGGCGGCCUGCCUCACUCAAAUGGCGUACGGCAACCACGAGAAGAGCGGGGGCGGCGGGGGCGGCCACGACCACGGCAAGGGCCACAGCGACGGCGACGGGCACGGCCACGACGGCCGCUGACGUCACAGCCGGCGGAGGGCGCUGAGCGGCGGGGGCACACCUGCUGCUCAGCCCGGGACGCGGCCGCGUCUGCACUCCUGCACCCACUUUACUAUUCUCUGCUGUUACACUUGUACGUUCCUUCCAUGUGCAACAAUAUUACACUGUAAUAAAAUGAAUUCCUCCAAAA